AUGCUUCAGACUCGCAUUGCAGCGCUCAUGCGCCGUACAAGGUUGGCCACCGGCCCCGCCAACCUUACGGACUCCGUUAUCCAGGAGUCUUCUAAGCCUGAGGCCGCGGUCCAGGAACCUACCCCAAACCAGGAAUCCGCCCUGUCCGGGAUCACCGGCAGCUUACCGGACCUCCCCGACCUUCCUGACCUACCGGAAAUCGAAUGGAGCCCGCUCGCCGAAAAGAUUGUGGACUACAUCCUUCCCGAAUGGACAAAAAUCGUCUCCGGUUAUUUUCUGAAACUUCAAGAUGACCUAUCCGACAAACCGGGCUCGCUCGCGGACGAGAUGUGGCACGAGGCCCAAGACCCCGAGCGCAACCCGGAAAUUUGCUACUCGGCACACGUCAGGGUCUCCAACUCCCUAUACGUGCACCCAGACGACAUCCCCACGAUAGCGGUGUGCGGAUCGGGAGGGGGCUUGAGGGCGCUUGUUGCCGGCACCGGAUCACUCCUUGCCGCUGAACAGGACGGUCUGCUCGACUGCGUCACGUACACGGCGGGCGUCAGUGGCUCAUGCUGGUUGCAAGCCAUCAACUUUUCGUCCCUUGGCCAAUGCAGCAUCCAGCGGGUCCUCAACCACCUCAAAGGCCGCACCGGAAUCCACAUCGCAUAUCCGCCUAGUGCCCUCCAGACCCUUAUUUCUGCACCGACUGACAAGUACCUACUACGUGGCUUAGUAGAAAAGUUAUGGGGCUCGAACGCCAAGGAACAGGCAAAGAGGGAAUCGUGGUUUCAAUGGUUCGAGAUUACGCCGUAUGAAUUCUUUUGCGAGGAGCUGUGCGCGGGCAUCCCGACGUGGGCGAUGGGCAGGAAGUUCAAUAACGGCAGCGACGUGCUGCCCGACAACGGCGUGCAUCAGCCGGAACUCCGGAUGCCGUUGUUAAUGGGCAUCUUUGGAAGCGCCUUUUGCGCCACGCUCAGCCACUACUACCAAGAAGUGCGCCCUAUCAUGAAGGGGCUCGCUGGGUUCGGUGCCAUUGAUGAUCUAAUUUCGGGGAAGAGCGACGACCUGAGCAAGGUCCAUCCUAUUGAACCAGCUUCUCUUCCCAACUUCGCCUACGGCAUGUACGGGAAGUUGGCGAAGACGACGCCGGAUAGCUUGCUACGGAAUCAAACACUGCAGCUCAUGGAUGCCGGGAUGUCUAACAACCUCCCCAUCUACCCGCUUCUUCGGCCCGGCCGAGAUGUCGAUGUUAUCAUCGCAUUUGAUAACUCAGCCGACAUCAAGCAGGAUAACUGGCUCGCUGUUACCGAUGGGUACGCCAGGCAAAGGGGGAUAAAAGGAUGGCCGGUUGGCGUCGGAUGGCCAAAGGAACAAGACUCUUUGGAAAAGACGGAACGGGACUUGGACAAGUCAGUGGCAGCAACCCCGGCCGAGGCUGAUAUGAAGCUUGCAAAGGCUCAGGCCGACCAAGCAACCUCGGAGGAAGUUGGAAAUACGCCGCACUCCGGAAGGCAAUCACCUGAGGCCGAGAAGGUCGAAAAGGCAUCAAAAGACCUUGGAUACUGCACUACCGAGUACCUGUCCACCUGGAACUUCAUCUAUGGCCCGGAGCAGGUAGACGCCGUCUCCUCCCUUGCGAAAGCGAACUACGACGAAGGGAAAGAUCAAAUUAGGAAAUGUGUCAGGGCCAUCUACGAACGAAAGAAGAGGGAGCGCGAAUUGAAGGAGGCUAAGCAGAAGGACAAAUAUUACCGGCGGUUGGUAAGGAAAGGACAAGCCCAUAAACUCGGCGAAGGCGACCUUUUUAGCUGA